AAUUUCAAAAAUUUCAAAAUCAAGAACACUAUGUUAGCUUAGUUGGCAUCAUCGCCAUUAAAUAAAACAAGCAGCAAAUGCCCACAAACUUUGUUUCCUCCGUCAAUGUCGGUUCUUUCUUCAUCUAACACCACACCAAAUUAAACAUAACACAUGCCCUUUAAUUAUAAAUAAAUAAAGCUUACAACUUUACAAAUGGCUGUCUCAGUUCCACAUCUUUUUAUUUUAAUUUCCACUCUGUUCCAUCUUUAAUGGCUAAUCUUUCACCUUCUUGUUAUGUUUCAAAGGAGCCCUUUUGUAGUAAAUCGUUGAUUAAACCAAUAAAGUCUAAAUCUUUGUUGUUUAGAACUCAGAUCUUUGAGUCUAAUGUGAAAUUAGGUGGGACUGAACAUACCCGUUUGAGAUUAUGUGCAAUUUCUAACAAUGCUAAUUUGAAGUUGAAGGCCUCAAAGGAGCCUCCAGGGGCGACCAAGGAACUUAGAAGUGACAAAAUGGAGAAUCCUUCAGUAGUAACCAAAGAUGAUGGUGUUUUAUUCGAUGACAUGAAACAACAUUUUAUGAAUUUUAAAAAGAACACCUACAUGGAAAACUUGAAACACUUUGAAAAUCUUUCCAAGGGUCAAUCACCAAAGUUUAUGGUGAUUGCUUGUGCAGACUCUAGGGUUUGCCCCUCGAAUAUCUUGGGAUUCCAACCAGGAGAAGCAUUUGUGGUGCGCAAUGUUGCAAAUAUGGUGCCCUCAUAUGAGAGCGGACCAUCAGAAACAAAUGCUGCAUUAGAAUUUGCUGUAAAUUCUCUUAAUGUUGAAAAUAUUUUAAUCAUUGGCCACAGUUGCUGCGGAGGAAUCCGUGCUUUAAUGAGCAUGCAUGAUGAUGUGGAAACAAGUAGUUUCAUUGGAAGCUGGGUGUCUGUUGGGAUGAACGCAAGGCUAAAAACAAAAGCCGCCGCUACUAAUCUCAGCUUCGAUCGGCAGUGCAGACACUGUGAGAAGGAGUCAGUAAACUGUUCAUUAACAAACCUCCUCACUUAUCCAUGGAUAGAAGAAAAAGUAAGAAAUGAUGAACUGUCUCUUCAUGGUGGCUACUAUGACUUUGUUGACUGUGCAUUUGAGAAAUGGACUCUCGAUUACAAGGCAAGCAAUCUAACGGGGGAAAAUGGCAAAAUUGCAGUAAAAGACCGAGCAUUUUGGUGCUAAAUCGGGCCUUCAAAUUGUCUAUUAUAUCACCAUCUCAUCAUUCUUCCACUACUUUUUGUAUCAUCGUGUUGUCUGUUGUAUUUACGUGCUUGCUUAGUUUGUGGUUUGUUUAUAAAUAGAAAAAUGUGAUAAAAAUAAUGUUAUUCCCUUGAAUCCAUGGAAUAGCUAGCUUGUUGUAUUUGUGUUGUAAUUAGAAGAUUUCAUUUUAUGUUGUAUAAGCAAAUGUAAAACUUUACCUUGUAUUUUUGUUGUAAUUGAAAGCUCCAAUUUCUACAAUCAAAUGGCAUUAGAUUUUACAGU